GCGGGAGUAAAGCCGGCACACAGAAAGGAACUGACUGUGAGUGAGAAAUGAGAUGAGGUUGUGCACCUACAGGUUUGGAUGUCUGUUGGCCUUGCUGUGUUUCCUGUCGGUUACCUGGAUUAAGUCUCCCAGCCAUGAAGAGACAACAGUACAUUCAGACAUGCAGAAUUUGUACGAGCGUCUGUUGGUGGCUGAGAAGUUGGGGGAGAUGAUCAGCACAGAUCUCAGCAGAAUCCUGGAGCAGCUGAAGAACAUAUCCAGAGCUUCCAACAUCACCCAGCUCACCAGAAACAACACCAUCUCCAUAACUAAAGAAACAACGAGGCAGCCGAUGGGUGAUUCAGGCCAACAGAUGUUCCUCCUGCCCAACAUUUACAUCUAUAUGCCUCACCUCAGACAACAUCCAGACAGCCUCAAGCCCAACGUAGUCGUUGGACAGGGACGCCGCGGAGUGUCCAUGGUGCUGGGCAUUCCCACAGUGAAGCGUGAGAAGCAGAGCUACCUGGUCAGCACACUCAGCUCUCUGCUCUUCAGCCUGACUUUCUCACAACGCCAAGAUCUCCUCAUCAUUGUCUUCGUUGCUGAGGCGGACUCAGAGUAUGUGGACAGCAUAGCAGAGACAAUCAGGAAGAACUUUCCCAAGGAGUCGCAGUCUGGGCUGUUGGAGGUGGUCUCUCCCUCACAGUAUUACUACCCUGACUUCUCCAGCCUCGUAGAGACGUUUGGAGACACCAAGGACAGAGUCAAAUGGAGAACCAAGCAGAACCUGGACUUCAGUUUCCUCAUGCUCUACGCUCAGGACAAGGGCACCUUCUAUGUUCAGUUAGAGGAUGAUGUUGUUGCAAGGGAAGACUACUACAAUGCCAUGAAGACCUACGCCUACCAGGAAGCAUCCAAACAAUGGCUCUUCCUGGAGUUCUCUCAGCUUGGGUUUAUAGGCAAGAUGUUUCGAACCCGUGAUCUCCCGAUGAUCGCCGAGUUCUUCCUGAUGUUCCACAGAGACAAACCCAUCGACUGGCUGUUGGACCACAUUUUAUGGGUGAAAGUAUGCAACCCUGAGAAAGAUCUGAAAGAUUGUAAUGAACAGAAGGCAAAGCUCAAGCAGAGGUACAAGCCUUCCCUCUUCCAGCAUGUAGGCCUGCACUCCUCUCUGUCUGGGAAGCUACAACAUCUGAAGGAUAAGGACUUUGGGAAGCAGACUCUGUACCGGGCCCACAGUAACCCAGCAGCAAAGCUGAGCAGCAGCCUGAAACAUUACCAGCAUCACAGUCUGGAACGAGCCUACGGAGGACAAGACUUCCUGUGGGCGUUAACACCUGUCAAGGGGGACUACAUCCUGUUCAACUUCACCCAGCCAAUACAUGUGUCUGAGUACCUGUUUCGCAGUGGAAACAUAGAGACCAGUGGAGAUAAAUUCUACAACACCACAGUGGAAGUGCUGCCCGGCAAAGUAUCACUGCAAGACAAAAUAGCUGCUAGCUCAUCUCCUCAACAUACAGCUGACAAUGGCUUCAUCGUUAUCGGUGCGUUUGAGAACGGACUAGCUCAGGGUAAAAUUGGAGAAGCGCUGCAGCCGAUCUCAGCACUACGGCUGGUUUUUCAAUCCGAUUCUGACGUCUGGGCUCUUCUGAGUGAGAUACACAUUAAAGUUUGAAGACCACAGAGAAGAAGAAACACACGCAGCUGUCCACACACCUUCCCCUGAACAAACUGCACCUCCUGCUGGACAAAGAUGACCACUACAAGGACUUUUUUCUUUCUUUUUUUUUCUAACAAGGUUUACAAGAAGUGCC